AGCGGUCCGAACUCCAGGGCCCGCGGGGCGGUGCCGCCCGCGCGCGCGGGGCGUGCGACGCCCUGAGGCCUCGCUUGCUCUGGCGGGGGCCUGCGGCCGCUGCGGCCCGAGCCAGCACUACGCCCCCGGCUGGCGGGGCCCCUCCCUGAGGCUCGCUCCCUUCCCGCCCCCCCUGCGGCCACCGCAGCUCGCCAUGAAGACCCGCUUCCUUCAUGCCGAGCAGUGGUCCGCUGGGCCGGCGGCGCCAGCCCGCCGCGGAGCGCCCCGCGGCCAGCACUUACAGCGCGGCGCCAGCCCACCGUGGAGCGCCCCGCGGCCAGCACUUACAGCGCGGCUGGGCGUGGGCGCGGAGCACGGAGUUCUUGGAGGCCGCGAGUGCGAGCGCAUCGAGGAGGGCUCGGAGCCUCAACCGCAGGUCGCGAGCGAGCACCUCUCCGGCACGAGGACCCCCGACCGCGCGGCCGAGUACAGCCUGCAUUUCCUUGAAGAAGACGAAGAAGAAACAGCAGAAGCACAAGUUUUCGGAGGUCCGCGCGGACUUCUGGACCUCUGUGUUUGUCCAGUGCGAUCGAUCGGUCGACCCCCCGUAUCCAUCGAGCGAUCGAUCGGAGCUAUCAUGCCGAUCGAUGCCGAUGCCGAUGCCGAUGCCGUUUUUUCUUCUUCUGUACCUCCCGCUCCUGGGCGCCUCCUGCGCCUCGAGCGCCUCGGCGGCCGCCGCUGCGGCAGCGGCGCGCCUCCUGCAGCGCCGAGCUCUCCCCCGCCAGCGGCGCCCCGCGCCCGGGCGGCUCGCCCGCCCCCCUGGACGUGCCGAGCGAACAGCGCGCGCCCACACCCACAGGUAGUUCGGCGGCGCGGAGGACCAGGACUUCCCUCCUCUCGCUGCUGUUGCUGCUGGCCCGCCUCCCCCCUUUAUCGCGUGCGGUUUGGUUUCUUAUGGAAGGUUCCUUGUGGUCGGGCCCCUCCUCUCUCCGACCCCCCUACGGGCACGGGCGUGCGCUGCUCGCUCUUCGCGACGUGCGGCGGUUCUCGC